CAUGGCGGCCGCGCUGGGAGCGGGCGGAGGCGCCGGCGCCGCAGAUGACGACUUUGACCAAUUCGAUAAGCCCGGCGCAGAGCGGUCCUGGAGGAGAAGGGCUGCCGAUGAGGACUGGGACAGUGAACUGGAAGACGACUUACUCGGAGAAGAUUUGCUGUCUGGCAAAAAGAACCAGUCGGAUUUGUCAGAUGAAGAGCUGAAUGAUGAUCUGUUACAGAGUGAUAAUGAAGACGAAAAUUUCAGUUCUCAGGGUGUUACAAUUAGUCUGAAAACCACAUCUGGCAUGGUCACAUCAUAUGAACUGACUGACAGCACUAAUGACCAGUCGGGAGAACAGGAAUCCGAGUAUGAGCAAGGAGAGGAUGAACUGGUUUAUCACAAGUCCGAAGGGUCUGAGUUGUAUGCCCACGAGUACCCGGCGGAAGGGCAGUACGAAGGCCAGGAGGCCGAGCUGACAGGAGACCACAUGGAGUACGUGGGAGAGCCGGAGGAGGGGCAGCUGUACAGCGACGAGGUGCUGGACAUCGAGAUCAACGAGCCUCUGGACGAGUUCACGGGGAACAUGGAGACACUGGAGCUGCAGAAGGAAAUGAAAGAAGAAUCUGACGAAGAGGAUGAUGAGGAUGAAGAAUCUGGACGAUUACGUUUCAAAACUGAAAGGAAAGAAGGAACAAUCAUCAGGCUCUCGGAUGUAACUCGAGAGAGAAGGAACAUUCCAGAAACUUUGGAGCUUUCGGCAGAAGCCAAAGCGGCGCUGCUCGAGUUUGAAGAAAGAGAACGCCAGCACAAGCAAGGCCGCUACGGUUCGAGGCGGGGCGGCCGGAGAGGAGGUCCUUUGAUGUGUCGUGGGAUGGGGGACCAGAGAAGAGAGAACAGCGAGAGGGGCCGGAUGAAGGACCACAGACCUGCGCUGCUCCCCACACAGCCUCCCGUAGUGACACACUCUCCAAGGUUAAUUCCUCAAGCACAGCCUCAGCCGCCCCCGCCACCGCCGCCCCAGCAGCAGCCCAUUCGGAGCCUGUUCCAGCAGCAGCCCCUGCAGCCCCUGCUGCCCCUGCAGCACCCGCACCACCCGUCCCCUCCCCAGGGGAUGCACGUGCCGCCCCAGAUGGAGGCGCCCAGGGUGAUGAUGACCCCUCCGCCCGUGACCCCACAGCAGCCCAAGAACAUCCACAUCAACCCCCACUUCAAGGGGGCUGUGGUGACGCCCGUGCAAGUGCCCUUGCUGCCCGUCCCGAGCCAGCCGAGACCUGCGGUGGGACCCCAGAGAUUCCCGGGCCCUCCGGAGUUCCCACAGCACACCCCCGGGCCUGUCCCCAACAACUUCAGCCAGCCUCCGCGGCUUCCUCUGCAGGACCAGUGGAGAGCACCACCCCCUCCCCAGGAGCGGGACCCCUUCUUCUUAGGAGUUUCAGGAGAACCUCGCUUCCCGAGCCAUCUCUUUCUGGAGCAGCGGAGCCCCCCGCCACCGCCACCCCCUCCCACGCUUCUCAGCAGCAGUCACCCUGUGCCCACGCCCAGUCCCUUACCAUUUGCUCAGCCAGGGCCAGCGUUUAAUCAGCAAGGGCAGCAGCCUGUGUUCCCCAGGGAGAGGCCCGUGAGGCCCGCCCUGCAGCCUCCCGGUCCCGUGGGCCUUCUUCACUUCAGCCAGCCAGGGUCUGCUGCCGCUCGGCCCUUCAUUCCUCCUCGACAGCCCUUCCUGCCGGGCCCCGGACAGCCCUUCCUGCCCACGCACGCACAGCCUACCCUGCAGGGGCCCCUGCACCCCCCGUUGCCCCCUCCACACCAGCCCCCACCGCAGCCCCAGCAGCAGCCCCCACUGCAGCCGCCCCCGCAGCACCCGCCGCCCCCGCAGCCGCAGCACCAGCCGCCUCACCAGCCGCAGCAGCACCAGCACCACCACCACCUGUCGGUGCCCCCGCCACCUUUGAUGCCCAUGUCGCAGCCCCAGUUCAGGCCUCACAUGCAGACGGCUCAGCCUCAGCAGAACAGCAGUCGGAUGCAGUGCCCCCAGCGCCAGGGGCUGAGGCAUAACACGACGUCCCAGAGCGCAACCAAACGGCCCACGCAGCAGCUGCAGCCAGCCGCCCCCAGGAACAGCAACCUGCGCGAGCUGCCGAUAGCACCCUCCCACGUCCUGGAGCUGAGUCACAGUCGUGGCGCGUCCACGCCAGGCGCUCACGGAAAGCCCACGGGCAGCACUUCGCCACCCUCGAGGCCUGGGCCCGGGCCCAGGAGCGCACAGGGGAAGACGGACAUGAAGGCCAAGCCCGUCAGCCCCGAGGGUCAACCUAAGGAAGAAGCAAAAGCAGAACCAGAGGUCCCCGAGGAGGACGAGGAGACCCGGCUGUACCGCCUGAAGAUCGAGGAGCAGAAGCGCCUGCGGGAGGAGAUCCUGAAGCAGAAGGAGCUGCGCCGGCAGCAGCAGGCAGGCGCCCGGAAGAAGGAGCUGCUGGAGAGGCUGGCGCAGCAGCAGCAACUCUGCGCCCCCUCGGCCCCUGUGGAGCGGGAGGAGCAGCCGGCGCCGCCAUCGCCCGCCAACGGAAACCCCUUGCUCCCCUUCCCUGGUGCCCAGGUCCGACCGAAUGUGAAAAACAGACUUCUUGUGAAAAACCAAGAUGUCACACUUUCAAGUCUUCAGCCCAAAACGUCAAACUUUGUGCCGUCUGGUGCUAGCAUGCCGUACCCGGGACAACCUGCGAAACCACUGAAGCACCUGAGACACAAAGUCCUGCAGGCACAGCCUGUGGACGGCGAUGCACAGCCCCCAGCACAGACCGCCCGAGUGACGGCCUUCCAGGGCCGGCCCCCCGACGUCAAGCCGGGCGCCAAAAGGACUGUCAUGCACCGGGCAAACAGUGGCGGCGGAGAUGGACCGCACGUCGGCUCCAAAGUGAGGGUGAUUAAGUUGUCAGGCGGGCAGGGAGGAGAGAGCGAUGGCUUCUUCCACCCAGAUGGCCAGUCCCAGCGGCCCCCCCAGCCCCCGGAAGUGAGACAGCAGCCUGCCCGUAAGGUGACGCUGACCAAGGGGGCCCUUCAGCAGCCCCAGCACCUGCCCCUUGGGGCUCAUGUGUACUCGGCAGGCCCUCCAGGCAUCAAGAGUAUCCAAGGGAUCCACCCAGCCAAGAAGGUCCUCAUGCACGGCAGAGGCCGGGGCGCAGCAGGGCCGAUGGGCCGAGGGCGCCCGACGCCCAACAAGCAGAACCUGCGGGUGGUGGAGUGCAAGCCGCAGCCCUGCGCCGUGUCUGUGGAGGGGCUGUCGUCGUCCACCACCGAUGUCCAGCUGAAGAGCUUGCUCAUGUCGGUGGGGCCCAUUCAGAGUUUGCAGAUGCUUCCCCAGCAGCGGAAAGCCAUCGCCAAGUUCAAGGAGCCCGCGCACGCACUGGCGUUCCAGCAGAAGUUCCACAGGCACAUGAUAGACUUGUCCCACAUAAACGUGGCCCUGAUUGUCGAGUGAGUCCCAGCAGGAGCCGACCGUGCUGCACGCCGAGCUGUGGGGUGUCUUCGAGGGAGCUGCCGGCACAGGGCCCGCCGGCCGGGGCUCCGUGCGGUCUCGUAACUGUUGUCCGGAGCGCCAGCAGCCAGCGUGGAUUCUGGGGGAGCUGAACUUGCGGGACGUGGCAGGCUGGCGUUCGGUUCGAUGGCUUCACGUUCUGUGGCCGCCUCCGGGAACUCCAGUUUUUGUUUUCUUUUGUUUCCAACGUGCUUACGAUGCAUGUAGACACUGUUCUUCGUGAUUUCACUGUCUGAUCGAUCGCUCACCGAGACUUAGGUUCAGGGAGGAACAUUAGCACACAAAUUCUAAGUACUUUUCACAGCAAAGAAUCUUUGAUAAUGGUUGCACUUAUCUUCAGUGCAGGCUAGACCAGAGGCAUCUUCUCAGAAAGCCCUCUGAAGGCUCUCGUAAGAACAGGUGAAAAAGUGGGGGGUUGUCCCAGAAAGCAGGUGUGAGGGCGGGGGGGACAAUGCAGCAGAUUCUGCUUCUUGUAAAGACCCCAAAAGCGCCAGCUGUACCCCCGAGCUCCGGAGGGGACCACCACCCUUUCUAACUCUUCCCAAACAGGGCGGGGACCAG